AUGGGGAUUGGGAUCGAUGAGGUGGAAAAUUACUUAUCUGGGUUCACAUGGCCUGAUGAGAACGCAAUUUCCAAGAAAAUCUUCUAUGCGAUCCGAGAACACAAGUAUAUGGAGGUCCUGGACAGGAAGGAUCGGGCUAAAGCCUUUGACAUUUUAAUGAUGGACUUAAAACAAAUUUCAGUUGAUAAUGAAGAGCGUUUUGAAUAUUUAACUCGGCUUUUCUUCCUUGAAAACAUCAGAGAGGAUAAGGAAGUAUCCAAGCACGGAGACCUAAUCAAUGCUAGGGGCGAAAUGCUUGCUCAUGUUAAGAAGCUUAUAGAAGAAAAUCCCAUGUUCCGUGAUAAGCUGAUAUUCCCCGCCUUCGAUCCCUCAAAAUUAGGGACACUAAGUUUGAACUUGCAGCACCAUUUGGCUGCAGUUUCACCUUCACAGUCCAGUAGUGCUGUUCCAAAGCCUGUGGAAUCCCCACCUCCAUUUCAAGAUCCAUCAUCUCCUCCCCAACCUUCAGCAAGUUAUUCAUCCUCAGUUCCUCACCCUUCAGAUUCUGCAGGUCCAACUGGUUUAAAUACCCAAAACAAUUCUGCUGUGGACAACCAAAAUGAUCUCUCUGAACUGGAUUCCUCGUAUGAAUCUACCCCAAUAAGUACAUUUGGUGAUGUCAAUGCUACUACUGUAUCGAGCAUUAAGGAUCGAGUUUCUCCAGUAACAUCCACAGAUUCAGUGAAUGAAGAUAGGCAAAAUUCGGAAGAUGGGAAGCCCAGAGUUGCAGAUGGUUCCACCUGGAAAUCUAGGUUGCGGAAACUGAUAGAAGUGAAUAAGCCAUCAGAAUGUCAUGUCCUGAGACUUCCAGAUAGUUCAGCGGUGAUGAAAGUAUUACUUACUCUGCCCUCGAUCAUUUAA